UAUGCUUAAAAAAUUGAAUGCUAGGUUUUAUAGCUUAAUAUACUUACGUGAUUUAUCGAAAAACAAAGAAUCUAUUAUAAAUUAUAAUAAGAAUUUACUUGAAAAUAACACCACUGAAAACGAAAGUUUAAAUGUAUCAGAUCAACAUGUAUCAAAGCUAAGGACAAGAGCUUAUAUAUGGGGUGGAGGGUAUUAUGGAGCCUUAGGUAACGAAAGAUUAUUGAGGCCCAAAGUUGGUAAAAAUAUUAGAUAUAGUGUCAAGGCUCCUAUGCAUCUUUAUUUUGCUGAUAAAUAUAAAAUAAAAAAUAUAGCUUGUGGAUAUGGAUACACAAUGUUUGUAUCAAAUAAAAAGCUAUAUGGAUGUGGUAUAAAUGUAAAUUCUCAAAUAGGCUUUCAUGAAGCUAGAAAAAACUCAGGAAAAGGUCUAAAUUUUAUAUUGGAACCCGUGCCCAUCAUGAUACCCUCCGACCGAAUUAUUAAAGCGGCAGCUGGACAAAAUCAUACCCUAGUUUUAACUUCGGACGGCGUUUUUUCUUUCGGUUGUAAUCGAUUCGGACAAUGUGCUCGGGAGGUUAUAACCGAUGAGAACUAUGAGAAUAAUCCCUUGAUUUAUAAGAUACCAUCGAAACACUUUGAUUCGCCAGUCAACGACGUAGUGUGCGGCGAAAAUACGUCAUAUUUUUUGACCGCUUCCGGUCUACUCUAUUCCUGCGGGCAUGGAUUAUACGGACAAAUAGGUGACGGUCAGAUGAACCUCAUGAACCCCGUUCCUGUCCUAUUAAACUUCGCUUCUUCCUCCGAUACUACCAUGCUCUCAAACGACGAUAAGAUAAUCAAGGUAGCCUGUAGAAGCAAUACAACCAUGGCUCUCACGGCGAAGGGUAAAGUUUUCGCUUGGGGGUCCGGGGAGCAUUCCCAGUUCACGCUUUUCUCUGAUCUAAAGUCCAGAUCUAAUAUAUUGGAGGGUCAUAAAUUCGACUUGAGUGCCACUAAUUUUCCCCGCCCGUUACUGUUAUUCGAUUCUCCCGACGAACGCGAUUGUAAAGAUGUACCAAAGGAUAAUGCUGCAAUUUCGAACCACGGAACCAUUAAGGGUCGCCAAAUAGUCGAUAUCGCGUGCACAAAUAGCAUGUGCUGCGUCUUAGACGGGCCAACGGGGACUUUACAUGUUUGGGGCAUGGGGCCAUUAGGACUGGGGCCACUCGUUAAUCAUUCUCAGAUACCACUCGCCAUACCGAAACCCCUAUUUUUUGAUGAGCCAGUCGUACAAAUAGUGGCGGGAUAUUCUCAGUUUUGCGCUAAAACCCGCGCCGGUAAUCUUUUCACAUGGGGCGAUAAUACCUGCGGAGCCCUAGGGUUGGGCCUAUUGUACAGCAAAACGACGAAAUCCCUCAAUCAAUACCAUUUCCCUCAACAAGUUUCUCUCAUGCAAAGAAAUAUCAAGGACAUAUCUGCGGGGUACGACCACAUAGCGAUCGUAGCCUAAGCCUUGAAUUUGCGAUUUUAUAAAUAUUUCUAUUAUGCCUAUAUUAGUAUCGUAAUCAAUUGUA